AUGCUUCGUGUUCAAUUCAACGUUCAACAUUUGUCAAGUUAUAUCAGAACAGCUGUCGAAUUACUCAUUUCAAAUUCAUCAACGUUUACUGAAUUUAUGCUUCCAAAAAUCUUAGCUGAUAUUAAUCGAAUAUCCAAUGAAAGUGUUACAUAUACUCGAACAACAGUUGAUAAACUAUCUUAUUUACCUGAUCUGCUUUCAGAGAGUUUAAUUCAAAAUUUUCUUAAUAUCAUCAAAGACUCAAACAGUGAUAAUUUUCACUUCGAUUUAUUGGAUCGAGAACUUAUCCUUAUCCUUCUCAUUGAAGUAGGUAAAGACAUAGAACAAGAAGCUGAUUUACUCUAUACAAUGUUCACGGCUUACAGUGAUACUUCUUCGAAAUAUAUAGUCAAUCAGAUAAAUAGUAUUAAUUUACUUAUUUUACAAACAAAUGAUAAACAAUCAUCAUAUUUGAGUGAACUUUCUUUCAAUACAACUUUGAUGUCAGCACGAGUCGAUCAACUAGCUCAAGACCAACAAAACCAGUAUAUUAUACGGAGGGAGAAUCGUCAUGCAGAAUAUGAACAACUUUUAGCCCAAAUUGAUUAA